AUGCGAAAGUCACUUCUUUGGCUCACCCUCGGGUCUCUCGCCGAGAGGGCAUUGUCAAGACCAACCAACCACACUCGAUCUGAUACGGUCAAGGUGCAUUGGGUCGGCGAAACUCCCGAGUAUACAGCAGGGACGACAUUCGGACUCCCAUGGCCCCAAGGGAAAUACAGAUUCAACGACACUCUGUUCAGCAUCGUUGAAAAACCAAGUGAGCAGAUCCCACUACAGUCUUGGGUGACCGGCUACUGGCGCGACGGCUCCAUCAAAUGGACUGGGCACGCUAUUCCACCGCUUGACAAUCCCAGCUCGGAGUACACCAUCAGGGUUUCAUCAUUCGCGCACAGUAAGCGUUCAACCAGCUCCUCGAAUACUUCGUAUGGCGUGAAAGUUGCCAAUACAGCGGACGAAGUCAGUGUCGACACUGGCAGGAUCACGGUAUCUUUUCCCAAACGGGGAAGCUCUAUAAUAGGGUCCAUUAGGACUUCAAGCGGAAAGGUCGUCGGCGAGAAUGGAAAACUGGUUCUCUACUCGCAAUCGGCAGUCGCGGAGGAUGUUGCGGCCCGCACAAACACUUCUAUCGAUUACUUCAACUUCGAGAGCGAUAUCCAACAGGUUUUUGUGACUAACGAAACUUCUGUCCGCGCAGUGGUCACUGUCAAAGGAAAGCACAAGGUCACAAGUGGGAGCGACCACGACGACUGGCUUCAAUUCACCUUGCGCUUCUAUUUAUACACUAACUCGGAUUCGAUCAGGAUCGUCCACAGCCUUGUAUUUGACGGAAAAGCGGAUAAUCAAUUUAUCAGUGGAUUGGGAAUUCAGUUCAAUGUUCCCUUAGCCGGCGAGGAAUUAUACAAUCGCCAUAUCAGACUACCAGGAGUCAACGGAGGUUUUCUUCAUGAAGCUGUGCAAGGUAUCACGGGUCUGCGGCGCGACCCAGGCGAAAAGGUCCGUUUAUCUCAGUUCGAAGGAAAGGAGACGCCUAGUCUGAGUACUUGGGACGACCGUGUUUCUUCUCGCAUUCAGUACAUCCCCGCAUGGAACGAUUACAAACUGAGUCAGUUAUCUCCCGACGGAUUCACUAUCAAGAAGAGAAUAAAGCCUGGACAGGGGUGGAUUGAUAUUCCCGGUGGCUCGCGCUCUCACGGGCUUACCUAUCUGGGUGGUGCCACAAAAGGUGGGCUAGCAGUUGGUUUGCGCGACUUCUGGAAGAGACAUCCCUCUGGCAUCGACAUCUCGAGCGCCACAUCCGACCAAGGUGCCCUCACUAUCUGGUUAUACAGCCCUGAAGCCGCUCCGCUAGAUCUCAGAGCGUACCAUGAUGAGUUGGGGGAAGACACAUACGCUAAACAGCUCGAAGCACUAGAGAUCACCUAUGAAGACUACGAACCCGGAUUCAACACGCCAUACGGGAUAGCGAGGACCAGCGAAAUCUUUAUAUAUGCGUUCGAUCAAACCCCCUCCGCUGACACGCUAGCAAGGCUCAGCAAGCAUGCCAAUGAAGCACCCGUUCUAGCAGCGGAACCACGGUACAUCAGAGAGACAAAGGCUAUCGGAUCAUACUGGUCCGUCCCUGAUACCUCUGCAAAUAGCAUCGGAAACAGCAGCAAGUCUGCGGCACUCGAAAGUCACCUCGACUUCCUGGUAAAAUUCUACCAAGGCCAGGUCGACUAUCGUCGGUGGUACGGCUUCCUGAACUACGGAGAUUUCAUGCACACCUACGAUGACGACAGACACACUUGGCGAUACGACAUCGGCGGAUACGCCUGGGACAACUCGGAACUCUCCCCCGACCUCUUUCUCUGGCAGUACUUCCUGCGGAGUGGACGCGCGGAUGUCUACCGGCUCGCAGAGGGGUUAACACGCCACACCGGUGAAGUCGACGUCUAUCAUAUCGGUGACUGGAAGGGCCUGGGAACCAGACAUGGGGUACAGCAUUUCGGCGACAGCGCGAAGCAGGUUCGUAUUGCUCAGCCCCAGUACCGGAAGUACUUCUAUUACUUAUCUGGCGGUGAUGAGCGAGUCGGGGAGCUACUAGAUGAGGCUUUAGAUACCGAUAAGACAUACGGCACCUUGGAUCCACAGAGGAAAGUUCGUGACGAUGGCUGGACCCCCGAGCCCAAUAAACCGACUGCCAUAUCUCUCGGCACAGAUUGGGCUGGCCUUGCGGCUGGCUGGCUUCUUGAGUGGGAGCGCCGCGGGCCUCGGUGGUUGGAAGCGAAAAGAAAGCUGACCGGUACAGCCGGGGGAAUCGCAAAUCUGACAAAUGGCUUCGUCACAGGUUCUGGCUUAUACGCUAUUACCAAUGGCACGUUGCUUCCUCCGCCAAAUGAUCCGGGCAAUAACGGCGUCGUGUCUAUCUCCCACUUGAAUGCGGUGUUUGGCUUGCCGGAGGUGCUCUCAGAGCUGCUUGAGUAUUGGGGUAGUGACGCUCCUAGAGGUCUACGAAGUGCCUGGCUGGAUUAUUGCUAUUACUACGGUGCAACGGCCGACGAACAAAAAGCGCGUUAUGGGGAGGCGUUCACUAAGGCUACCUUGAUACAAGGUCACUCGCGGCUGACAGCAUACUAUGCGCAGCAAGACAGCAACAAUGCUACUGUGGCACAACGCGCAUGGGAUGAAUUCUACGGUGAUAACGAUGGCUCGGACGGUUUGACAGAUGAUGAUCCAUGGGUUACGGCAAAGGUUAACGGCAGCAAUGUGCUCAUUCCUGUCGAGGAGGCUACAUGGAUAUCCACAAAUGCCGUUGCUCAGUAUGGGCUGGCUGCGAUCCAGGACUUGGCUCUCGUAGGAGAUGCCUUGAGUAACUAG